GCUUGAAAGGCAGCCGGUGCCGGGCGCCCAGACACUCGCGCGGUCGCACGGCCUCGGCCCUGGCAGCGCAGCCAUGGCCCGGCUGCUGCGCGCGUCCUGCCUGCUGCCCCUGCUGCUGGCCGGCCUCGCCCCGCCCGGCCGCGGCCAGGAGAAGGCCAAGACAGACUGCCACAGCGCUGUGAGCGGAACCAUCUACGAGUACGGGGCCCUCACCAUCGACGGCGAGGAGUACAUUCCCUUCAAUAAGUACAGAGGCAAAUACAUCCUUUUUGUCAACGUGGCCAGCUACUGAGGUCUGACCGACCAGUACCUUGAACUGAAUGCACUACAGGAGGAGCUCGCACCUUUUGGCCUGGUCAUUCUGGGCUUCCCCUGCAACCAAUUUGGAAAACAAGAGCCGGGAGAGAACUCGGAGAUCCUCCCCAGCCUCAAAUACGUCCGGCCAGGCGGGGGCUUCGUGCCUAACUUCCAGCUCUUUGAGAAAGGUGAUGUGAACGGGGAGAAAGAGCAGAAGUUCUACACCUUCCUCAAGAACUCCUGCCCGCCCACCUCCGAGCUCGUGGGUUCUCCCAACCGCCUCUUCUGGGAACCCAUGAAGGUCCAUGACAUCCGCUGGAACUUCGAGAAGUUCCUGGUGGGGCCUGACGGCAGGCCCAUCAUGCGCUGGUACCACCGGACCACAGUCAGCAAUGUCAAGAUGGACAUCCUGGCCUGCAUGCGGCGCCAGGCAUCCCUCAUGGCCUUGGGGAACUAGCUGCUGCCCACUGUCCCGGCCCUGCCCAAGGAGGCUAUGGAGGCCCCGACCAGGAAGAAAGCCCUCCCCACUCCAUGCCACGUUUACCUCUGCCCCUGCCCAGCCCAGCCUACCAGGGGUGCCCACAGCCCAUGCAGGGGAUUGAAACCCUUCUGUCACCCACUCUGAUCCAAAACAGUAACUCACUUCCACAAGAGCCCACAGUGCUAGGUCUGAUGAUCCUGCAGUGACCUGGACUGUGAUGUCCGCACCUCCACACCUCACCGCACUGCCCACCCCUCCUUCCUGAAGGGCCCCCAGACCCCAUCCCCACCAGCCACGUAGCCCAAGUGCCAGGCCCAAGUGUGGGCCGCGUCUGCAUGAGGGAGGGGCCCGAAGCCCAGCGGGCGGACCUCCCCCGAGCCUGCCCCCGGCCAGUUCUUAGUGCAUUCAGGCUGUGCCUAGGCAGUGACGCUGCCCCGCCUGUGCCCUGGCACCCCGCCCCCACUCCCCAAAGUAAAGGCCUUUCUGCAGCAA